UGACGCACAGCCGAUCAGGCGGCGCACAAAAGCUUUACGCCCGAGCACGUUACGCACGUUUCGGCAUAUUCUUACAACCUGGAUACGCCACUCAAGGUAUUAGCGAUUUGACUGAAUAUUGUCUGUCUUUUCUAUGUAGUGGAUGUGACAAUGCUCCCUAGUCCGAUCAUAUCCACCACGCCUUUCUCCGUAAAAGAUAUCUUAAAGUUGGAGCUGCAGCAGCAAUCCCAGCACCAACUGCAGUUUAUCUCGUGCCUGGGUCUCUCGGGAGCGCUGGCUCAGCCGGGGCCCUUCAUGAACAGACCGAUCCGGUCGCACUCACCUCCGUCCUGCAUGCUAGCCUCAAGAAACAGCCCGAGUCCUAACAGCCCCAACCUGUCAGAGUGUGACGACCGCAUGUACCUGAGCGCCGUGAACGCACAGGAGUCUGCUUUGUCGGUAGAUAUCUUCUCCAACCCAGGAAGCAACCGCGCACACUCCACCGAGCUCCAGCUUGACAUAGAGCAAGAAGACAUAGAUUCAAAGAGCUGCGCAGCGCUGCGGACCGACAAUGAUGACCCAGACCCCGAGAAGCCGGUCUCAAAACAGCCACGAACCCGGAGGAAGCCGCGCGUCCUCUUCUCCCAGGCGCAGGUGUUCGAACUGGAGCGGAGAUUCAAACAGCAGCGCUACCUCUCAGCACCAGAGCGCGAGCACUUGGCCAGCUCCUUAAAACUUACCUCCACACAAGUGAAAAUCUGGUUCCAGAACCGGCGCUACAAGUGCAAGCGGCAGAGGCAAGACAAAACACUGGAGAUGGCAGGUCACCAUCACCAUGUACCGCCACCCCCGCGCAGAGUAGCCGUGCCAGUGCUGGUGCGUGACGGGAGGCCGUGUGUGGCGGGCUCUCAGAACUAUAACAGUUCGUACCCUCCGUAUACCUACAGUUAUCCGACAUACAGCUACAGCAAUGCGGUCUACACAAACAGCUACUCCUGCACCUACUCCAGCCUACCCACCCUGCCGCCAACCAACACUACCAACGCCUUUAUGAGCCUGGGCAACUUAGGACAGGCUCAGACGCAGAGCCCACAAGGUCCAGGACCAUGCCAGGGAUCACUACAAGGAAUCCGGGCCUGGUAGCGCACGUGCACCAGUGAUGAACUAUUUUGAACUAUCGCUACAGACGCGAGCAUGUAGGCCUUUAUGUUCAUAUUUAGGGGAAACAAUAGUGUUAAAUAAGUAUUUAGCGACUGAACAAAAGACAAUCAUUUGAAACUGUACGCCAGGGCCUAUGACCCUCAGACUGAGCCAUGGAGCGCGCUUUUCUCUGAGCCAUGUUAUAAAAGUAACAGCGAGUUAUUGUGUGAGUGGAAGUUCUCGCUACAAAAACUGUCAAAAACUGACUUUAUGGAGACAUGAAGUGUAACCUUUAAACUAAAAAAUAAAGCUAUAGUCUACU